AUGUCCGAUGGAAAGUCUCGCUCUCUUACUAAUUUCCUUGUUAAUAAUCCAAGUGGAACGGUGUUUAUUAAAUCAAUAGACACCUCCGGUGCAAUUAAAAAUUCUAUGAAAUUAUUUGAGAUGCUUGAUGACAUUGUGAAUGAAAUUGGGGAAGAAAAUGUGGUUCAAGUGGUAACCGAUAGUGCAUCACCCUAUAUAGGUGCCGGUAGAUUAUUGGAAGAGAAGAGGACUAAAUUGUUUUGGUCCCCAUGUGCAGCAUAUUGCCUUGACUUAAUGUUAAGUGACAUAGAGUCGACAAGACCCGCGGUUACUAGAUUUGCUACCACCUUCCUUACUUUAAAAAGUUUCCAAGAUAGAAAGCUUCAACUUAGAGCUAUGUUUGCAUCAAAAGAGUGGGCUAGAAGCAGCUAUUCUACAUCUGUUAAUGCAAAAAAGGCACAAGGAACAAUCUUGGGAGAUGCUAGAUUUUGGAAAGCAAUCAAGUAUUGCUUAAAGUACGUGCUCCGUUUGGUGAAAAAUUUGAGGCUUGUGGAUGGUGAUGCAAAGUCGGUAAUGAGAUUUGUUUAUGAAGCUAUGGAUAGAGCGAAGGAAGAAAUUGCUUCAAACUUGAACCAUGUGAGGGAUACAGAGGUGAAAAUUGGUUUAUUUAAAACCAUUGAGAGGAUAUAUCCGAAUAUUGAGGAUAGAGUGAAGAUUGAUGAGCAAUUAGAAACGUUCAAGAAAGCCGAGGAUAUGUUUGGUAUGAGCAUGGUUAUCUUGACAAGGAAAAAGAAACGACACGCUCUAUGGUGGGAAAGUUAUAGAGAAGAGUGCAAAGAGCUUCAAAAGUUAGCUAUUAGAGUGCUAAGUCUUACUUGUAGUGCCACCAGGUGUGAGAGAAAUUGGAGCACUUUUGAUCAUGUGCACUUGAAGAAAAGAAACCGAUUGAAGCAACAACGGUUGAAUGCUUUAGUUUUUGUGAAGUAUAACAUUCAACUUGAGUUGAGGCAAAUUAAGAGACAAGAAAGGGGUGAGACUUAG